AUGAGUGUAGACAGUGACGUGACAGUGGAGGAGAAAGAGAAGGAAGAAGUGGCGCUUCCAGAUGUAGCUGCGACGACCACGUCAGUGACUGAACUAGAAAACUCUGCCACGAGCGCACAUAUGAGUGUAGACAGUCCUGUAACAGAGGAGGAGGAGAAGCCGAAGGAAGUGACGGCCUCGUCGGUGGAUGAGCUGGGAGUUUCUGGUAAGUGCCUCUGUAGAUUUUGGAAGUGUUAA